ACAUUUCAUCAAAACGAACCCAACCUAAAUAUGGCGUCUGAGGGGGAUGAAGUUAUUUCCGAUCAAGAAAAAGUAAGAAUAGUGUCUGAUUUUAUCCUCCACUCACCCCCGGGAGAGUUUAAUGAAGUAUUUAAUGAUGUGAGGAAGCUGCUGAACAACGAUGACCUUCUUAAGGAAGAAGCAAGUGUGGCUUUUGCCCAAUACAACAAGGAUCAGUUAACUCCAGUUCGGAUAGAAAAUUCUGAUCAUUUAGCUUUGAUUACCGAGUACAACGAUUUAGGCAAUAAUAGAUUUUUUGAUCCUCGUUCUAAACAAAGCUUCCGCUAUGACCAUUUGAGAAAAGAGGCUUCAGACUACCAGCCUUACGUUCCGGAUGCUGUAGCGGAGCCCUGGCGGUCAGCCUUAGACCAAGAAUUUACUCAAUACACCCGAAACCAUUACAAAGACGGGGUAAGCAUCGUCAUCGGAAAGUCACAGGGCGGGACCACAACUUUGACUGCUUGUAUUGAGGAUCAUCAGUUUCAGCCCAAAAACUUUUGGAAUGGUCGAUGGCGCAGCCAGUGGUUCAUAACCCUUUCAGGCAUCUCAACAGCUGAAUUAAGGGGAGUUCUAAAGGUGCAAGUGCACUACUAUGAGGAGGGCAAUGUUCAAUUAGUCAGCACUAAGGAGACCAAAGAUACAGUAACGAUAACCACAGAGGCACAAACGGCUAAGGAUAUUAUACAGGCAAUAGAAGCAGCUGAAAAUUUAUAUCAGACUGCAAUAUCUGAAAAUUAUCACACCAUGUCUGACACUACUUUUAAGGCAUUGCGACGGUUGCUGCCAGUAACCCGCACAAAAAUUGAUUGGAACAAAAUAGUAUCCUACAGUAUCGGAAAAGAACUGAAAACGCAAUGAUCAGAUAUACUUAUAAGUAUAGAACACUCUAGAUUUAUUUCUUAUGACGAACACAGUAUUGGGUAAUGAUUUCAAAAAAAAAUUAAUACUGCUUUCGAAAAAGCUCAAAUUUCGACUUUCUAAAAGAAAACUUUGCCUAAUACUUUAUUAAUGCAAAAGGCUAACAAAAGGAAAACAAAUAUGAUUUGUAAGUAAAUAGACUUAGAAGGAAAAAAUGGUGCGCUUAUGUAUAUACCUAUUAUAAUAUACUUCUAAGUUGGGGUGUCCCAAAAAAUCCUAUGAUAAAAAAAACAAAGAUAGACUUUUCAAGUCAGGUUGUAAAAUUUAUUUAGGAUACCCUUAUUGUUCUUAUGAGUUAGAAAAACGUUUAAUUUUUGUAUAUACAGGGUGUAGCAGAGUAUUUAAGUUUAACUAAAAUAGAUUUGGUUUAACGGUUUUUUCCACCCUUCAUCUCAGAUUUCUAUAGUAAUUCACAACAUACGUAUAUACACGCAUCUCAGCGCUGAAGUCAAUUCAUCAUGAUUCGCCUUUAAAAUGCUAUUUGUUGUGCAAUGACAGACAGAUUUUCAUAAGCCAAUUUCAGUUAAAAUUAACGCCUAUGUAUUUUUAAUCCUGACGCCUUUACUAUUAACAUUAUCCUUAUUAUUACUAUUAUUAUAAUUCGCCUUUUUUAAUUUUAUAUACACUAUAUUUGAUGCAAUUAAAAAGUAUUACCUUAGUUUCUAUUAUUUGUUACUUUUACAUGUUAAAUAGGCCCUAGAAGUUUAACUCCAGGUUAAUAAACAAGAGUUUCAAAAUCAGGGUUUUAUUUAGUGUAGGGAAAUUUUCAACUUUAGUGGUCAAUAGUAAGAUUUUCACUCUGGGAAGUCAUCGGACCACCUGACGCUGCCCCUUAAAUAUGUUUAAAAUAAUUUAUAUUCUUGUUAGAAUCAACGUUGUAUGGGUUAUUUUUAAAAUAAAAUUAUUAAGUAACA